AUGUCCGUUUACGUUAUCACCGGAGUGUCCCGGGGAAUCGGGUUUGAGUUCCUCAAGCAGCUCUCAGAAGACCAGGACAACCUGGUCAUCGGCCUGGUCCGCGACAAAGCUGCAACUGAGAAGAAGGUAGCAGAGCUGGGCGACCGUCCUAAUGUCCACAUCCUCCACGCAGACCUCACCAAAUACGCCAGCCUAAAGCAAGCUGCUGCCGACACAGCUGAGAUUGUCGGCGAGCGUGGUGUCGACUACCUCGUGGCCAACGGGGCUAUAGUGUCUAGCUUGGAUGCCUUUGGACCCAUCGGCGCAUUGAGCGACAAGGUUGAGGAGCUUGAGGCUGUGUCAUCGCAGCUAUAUCAGACUAAUGUUACUGGCAACAUCCACCUCUUCCACCUCUUCCUCCCUCUUGUCCUGAAGGGCAAAGUCAAGAAGGUCAUUACCAUUUCUACUGGUCUGGCUGACCUUGACAUAACCAAUGAGUAUGAGGUUGAGAGCGGUGCUUUAUACGCUGCCUCUAAGGCAGCUAUGAAUAUGAUUGUAGGCAAGUUCAACGCGCAGUAUAAGAAAGAUGGCGUGCUCUUUUUGAGUAUCAGCCCAGGCUUGGUGGAAGUAGGCCGCUACGCAGAUGCCACUCCGCAAGAGAUUGAGGGCUUAACAAAACUCAUGGGCAAGUUUGUAGCCUAUGCGCCUCACUUCAAGGGCCCGCUUACUCCAGAAGAAUCCGUCCGGCAGGUCAGGUCAGUCUGGGAGAAGGCCAGCGUCGAGGAUGGAUGGGGCGGUGCAUUUGUCUCGCAUCUUGGAAACAAGCAGUGGUUAUAG